AUAACUUGCCCAAUUCCUAAGCGACAGCCGACAGGCCUCGGGGCUCUCUGGGUUUUAGGCGGAAGACGGAUCGAAGGGCGAGGGUUUUGGACCUGUUGGUCAUCCAUGGCGUCCAGGGCUUCUUCGAAGGGAAAGGGCAAGGCGGCGAGGGGAUCCAACGAGCAGUCGACGGCGAGGUCCGUGAAAAAGUGGAGCACCUGGGCGAUGAAGAAGGCGAAGGUGAUCACCCACUACGGCUUCAUCCCCCUCAUCAUCAUCAUCGGCAUGAACUCCGAGCCCAAGCCCCAGCUCUCGCAACUCCUCAGCCCGGUCUGAACCCGAGAAAUCCCUCCGAUUCUCGGAUCGAAUCGCUGGGAACAUUGGGAUCGUUCGUGGGUUGGAGUAGAUUAGUAGGAGAUAGGUGGUAAUGCUAGGUCUAUCACUCUUUAUCUUUUGUAAUUUCGGUCCAAAAGAAUUUCCUUAUGUGGAAUUUUCUUAGAUGGGUUGUGAUUGACGGUGGAAAAUACUUGAAAUUUUAUGGUUCUGCUUCUUUUCAUAAUGCUAUAAUUCAGCUUCCACUGUACUGAAUAGUUAAU